CACUAUUCAUGGUGGAGUAUAAUUAGGGUUGUCAAAAUAGUUUUUCCCCAUAAUACUAUGACGUCUUUGCGCAUGACGUCUUCUUUGCGCGACGUUCGCGAUAUAAUUAUCGUGCGCCGGAAGAAGCUGUCUGCUCUUGGUUUGCACGUUAGGAAAAGUACUUUUGGCCAUGUGUGAGGAGGGAGAGACUUACUGUCCUGAAGUAAAGGAUGCAAAACAAGGCAAAAGCCUUGGAAAAAUAUGUAUGAAAUGCAAGGAAAGUUCUGCUGCCCUUCUCAUCCGAGCUGGAGAUGCAUUCUGCAAAUCCUGCUUCAAAGAGUACUUUGUGCACAAGUUCCGGGCCACUCUUGGCAAGAACAGAGUCAUCUAUCCAGGGGAAAAGGUUCUCUUGGCUUAUUCCGGUGGUCCCUCCUCCAGUGCCAUGGUCCGGCAAGUUCAGGAGGGACUGAGUCGUGAUGCCCCUAAAAAGUUGCGCUUUGUUCCUGGAAUCCUUUUUAUUGAUGAAGGCACAGCAUGUGGCAUGAGUUGGGAGGAACGUCAACAAAUUCUGUCUGAGAUUUGCAGUGUCCUUCAACAGACAAAGAUUCCCUUUCACAUUGUCUCUUUGGAGCAGGUUUUUUCCUUGCCAGGCUCUGUCCUGCAGAGAGGUGUGCCUGAACAGAGACCAAAUUACAAGGAAGAAGUGGAUCGUUUCUUGGUGCAGGAGCGGGAGCAAGGAGAUGCAGGUUGUUCAGAAAUGCUAGAAAGGCUUGAGGUCACUGACUCAGAUUCACCUGGAAGUAGUGAUAAAAUGUACCAAAGUACAUGCAGCCGUCCUCCUGAUAUGCACACCCAGAAACUAAAACAACUCUUUGCUUCUGCCAAGACAUUGACUGCUAAACAGCAGUUGCUUCAUACUCUGAGGAGCCACCUAAUCUUGCAUAUCGCGCGGACUUGUGGUUAUUCCAAAGUGAUGACUGGUGAGAGCUGUACUCGUCUCUCUAUCAGGCUGCUUUCCAACGUUUCACUGGGACGGGGAGCCUUUCUACCACUGGAUACUGGCUUCUGUGACAGCAGAUAUGGGGAUGUUGAUAUCAUCCGUCCUAUGAGAGAAUAUUCUUCAAAGGAAAUUGCCUACUAUAACCGAUUUUUCAAUGUCUCGCCAAUCUUCAUCCCAGCAUUGGACACUAAGGCUUCAGAGAAUAGCAGCAUUCAGCACCUUACAGAGGUUUUCGUCAACAGACUGCAGGCAGAUUUCCCAUCCACUGUGAGCACCCUGUACAGGACCAGUGAGAAGCUGAAUGUAUCCAAAAUAGACGCAGACCAAGAGACCUGUGCAAAAGAUAGAUGCUUGUUAUGUCUUUCCCCUCUAGACACUCAAGCGGGCAAGGCCUCUGCUUUCUCUGCCACGCAGCUAUCGCAUCACCUUUCUCAGAAGAUUCCUAUGAAAUCAAAUGAUCUUGCAAACAAUUCUGACAAGUCUUGCUGCCAAGGGGGUCAGGGCUGUAAAGAAGCAGGUUAUGGGGACACCUGCCAGUCACGGGCUCUCCAGACUCCCAGCUUUGUUCACAUGUUAUGCUAUAGUUGCAGGCUUACAGUAAAGGACAUGUCUCUUGAUGUCUUACCCCAGUAUGUGCUUCAUGAAGCAGAGCACCGCUGUCACAGGACUGAGAUGAGGAAGGAGAUACAGGAGUUUCUGCUUGAUGAAGACGAUGGGGACUCAUGAACGUAAUCUGCACCAUUUGUGGUUAAACGCCAGGAACUUGAUAUAUUGGCCGCAAGCUUCCAGAGACGGCUUUUAGGAUACUGCGUUUUGGACACUUACCUGGAAUUCAGACUUCAGUUGUCUGUGACGGGGUUAAGUCAUCUUUUACAAUAAACACAAAAUUCAGCAUCAAGUUUGUUUUUACUGUGCAAUUUUAAUUGGAAAUGUAUCUGAACUUUUAUCUGAAUAAACGGAAUAAAUAUA